AUGCAGAGCAUGAGUUCUUCCCCCACUCGCCCAUUUGGUCCAGCAGCAACUGGCCAGUUGGUGGCGUGCCUGUUGCCUGAGGCACCCACACGCCAGAACUUCGCACCCUGCCUCAUUCGACCUUCCCCCACCUAUCGACCUCGUCUUCCCUUUUCAUCCCCCCUCUCUCCCCCCUCUCAUUCUCUUACUCCAUCUGGCAUCUGGCCAAAGAGGCAUGUCUUUCUUUGGCUUCGAUACCACUCUCCCCGGGACCGCCAACAGGCUCCCUCGGGCAGGGGGUUCUUCGAGAACCCGGAUCCCUUCGCGGAGGUUGCUCGUGCGCAGGCGCUGGAGGAUGAUGACGGAAUCGACUUCGAGGAUACCUAUGACGGUCUCGGUGACCAGCUUGACGAUGAGCAGGAUGUCUUCAACGAUGACACCUUCGGCGGUGGAGAUACCGGAGCUGGAGCGGGUGCGGGAGCUGGAGCUGUCGGUAGGGACUUUGACUUCUUUGGUACUACGGCCAAAGUUGCCGAUGUCAUUGGCGAGGAGCAGAUCCGCUACACCUUACAGCACCCCCAUGCUGCCCCGUUGGCCCCUCAGCAUGCCGCCGCGCCGGUCCCGACCACCUCAACCACCAAGCGCACGGGCUACGAGAAGUAUUCGGAACCGGGGUACAUUCCUGAUCUGCAAGCCAAGUCGAGCGUGUGGGGGGUUUCGCAGAAGAAGUCUGAGCCCAUCCCAGCUUCCAGCCGGAGGUCGAUGAUGAGCCUGGAGGAAGUCGAGGCGCAAAUGCGACACCGGACCCAGCCGACCGCAUCAAUGCCAAACCAGUCCAUCCCUCAGCACAUGGCCGAGCCGUCCUAUCUGCCUCCGCCGCAAUACCCACCAGGAGUAGUCGAGGGCUUCCCCGCAGUUCCUCCGGAGUACUUGCGGGCGGCUCUCGAAAAGGGUGUGCUGCCCCCGGGUAUACCUGGUCUUCCUCCCGGUAUCCCAGAACUGCACGGUGCUCCUGUCAUGUCCGGACCCCCAUCGAUGCAUAUCCACCAGAAUCAUUUUCCUCCUCAGAACCUGCCCCCUCAGGGCCCCCGUCAUGCCGGCCCGCCCCAAGGUCAGCGUCAGCAGCAGCAGCAGCAGCAGCAGCAGCAGCAGCAGCAGCAGCAGCAGCAGCAGCAGCAGCAGCAGCAGCAGCAGCAGCAGCAGCAGCAGCAGCAACAGCAACAGCAACAACAGCAGAUGCCACCCCCUCCGUCAACCCGAGGUUCGAAUGGCGGGCUGCCGGUUAUCACCAACCCGCAGCAGCUUAUGCAUCUCACGGAGGAGCAGCGCAAUGCUUAUCUGGUGGAGGAUGCGAAGAGGGCGAAGCGCAACCACAAGAUAUUCCUCCUGUCUCGAGGCAAUGGCUUGAUGACACCCCAGGACAAGAACUUCAUCACUCGCAUUCAGCUGCAGCAAUUGGUGGCGGCCGCUGGCAAUGUUGUCGAUUCAGACCCGGAAGCUGUACUGUCGGAGGACUUCUAUUAUCAAGUUUAUAGUCAGAUCCGGGGUGCGCCGCGCCAGCAUCCUCACCAGCCUCUUGGCCACUUCGCGCAGACCUAUCUCCUUCAGACCGGAAAUCGUCUGGGUGGACAUGGGAACCGCAGGGGGUUCCAGAGCGCCGAUAACCACAUGCAACGUAUGCAGCAGCAGGUUCAGCGCGCCGUUGAGGCGGCCAAGGCCAAGCCAAAGAACAAGCAGCUCAUUAUCGAGGGCAGCUUGGGCAAGAUCUCCUUCAGCAACGCCAAGGCGCCGAAACCAAUGCUCAACAUCAAGCGCCCUGAUAGCUCCGAGGGCCCCCGGCCCAAGAAGGUGCAAUCUGACCUGAGCCUAAGCGACCGGAAAUCCAUUCUUACCAACAUCGAGAGCGUGUACAGUGCCCUGAUGGCCAUGGAGGAUAUGGAGCGCACGAUGCCGCCCCCGCCCGAAGAAGGCGAUGCAGAGGCGAUCCAGGAGCACCUGGAAUGGCGCCAGAAGGUCCACUCGCUCAACCAAACGUUGUGGCGGGCGCUCAAGGUUAUGGAGCCCAUCGUCCCCAACUCGACCACCCCACACCCCUUCAUUGCAUUCUUGUCGUACCCGAAGGGCAAGAAGGCCAUUCCUCGCAUCUUCCGUCACAUUGACCAGGAGCAACGCGUGACCAUUUUGACGAUGAUCGUGGUUCACCUGGACAGCUUGGAUGUGGUGCGCCUUGCGCAACCCGGACCGGGCGAAGCGCAGCCUUCCCUAGCCGUGCGCGAAGCCAUUGACCUCUUCUCGCUGGCUGUGAUGCCAAGCUUGCUGGGUUAUGUCAAUGAGGCCCCCUUCAACAUCAUCAUUGGUCUCCUGGGCCUGGUGAUUGCCCAAACGCACGUGCAGUCCGUGGCUCGUACCAAGGUCGGUCUCGGAAUCCUGACGAUGUUGCUCAGCCGUGCCGAGAUUGUCAAGGAGGCUGGCCAGGCUGCCGAGCGGGACUGGCAGCAGUGGGUGGAGAAGUUCAAUGUCCUCUUCGACACCCUGGAGCCCUCGUUGGCUGAUACCUUCCCUGGUUCGAUCAACUCGGGUGAUGACAUGUAUGUAUGGCAGUUCCUGGCCGCGGUGGGCAUUGGUGCCAGCCCCGAGCAGCAGCAGCGCCUCGUGAUUGCUGUCAAGGAUCGCGUUAUGGAGACUGUCAGUUAUAGCAAGACCCUGCCCGCCGAUAUGGCUAGCCAGCGGCUGGGCAAUGUCAAUCUGUUCAUGCGGGCUAUUGGUCUGGAUGUGGAACUGCUUGGUUAA